CCCGAACCCCGAUGAGACCGUUAAAUCUCUUUCUUGGCCGGCUCAAUAACUUAAACCGGUUUAACAACCUAACUUCAGGGUAUAAAAUAGUGUCAAAUAGUUUUGAGUGUUAAGCUCAAUCCAACUUCCUCUCCCUCUACUUGAUAAUGGGAAAAGCUGAAUCCCCAAACCCAAUCACCCUACUACAUCUCCACCACAUCUCCCCGUCCUUCAUCGACGUGCCACCGCCCUCCGACGAUGUCACUUUCCCGCUCACCUGCUUCGACUUCACCUGGUCCAUCUUCCCGCCCGUCGAGCGCCUCCUCUUCUAUCCCCUCCCGCCCGAAAAUUCCACCGCCGCCUUCUUCACCUCCUCCAUCGUCCCAACCCUAACGCGCUCCCUCGCCGCCGCUCUGUCCCGCUUCCUCCCCAUCGCCGCCUCCCUCACCUGGCCUUACAAUUCGCCAAACCCCUUUCUCCUCUACUCCCCUUCCGCCGCCGUCCCGCUCACCGUCGCCCAAUCCACCGCCGAUUUCAACCACCUCGCCUCCGACAUCGGACAGAUCCGCGACGCCGCCGAAUCGCACCCUUACAUCCCCGUCCUGCCGUCCUCCGACUCGGAGGCCUCGGUUAUCGCGCUCCAGCUCACGCUUUUCCCGGGCCAGGGAUUUUGCGUGGGAAUAACCAGCCACCACGCCGUCCUCGAUGGGAAAUCCACCACUCUCUUCCUCAAGGCCUGGGCCCACUUAUCCAAAUCCAGCGUCACCUCUUGUCCAGAAGAUCUCGUACCGUUUCUGGACCGGUCCGUCGUACCAGAGCCCAAAGGCAUGGGCCUGCAUUACCACAACUCCUGGCCCGGCCCGAGAAGCUUGAAGCUGACCCCGCCGUCUGCUCCCGCGCCCGGCUUGGUACGGGUAACAUUUAUGCUCUCCCAAGACCGAAUCCAGGCGCUGAGGGAAAAGAUUAAAACGGCGCCGUCCGGAACUGAUUAUGAGCUUCGCCUGUCAAGCUUUGUCGUCACGUUCGCCCAUUCCUUGGUCUGCUUGGUGAAAGCCAAACGCCUCGGAGACGAGGACGAAUCAGAGAUCAAUAGGGAAGCGGUGGUUCAUUACGCUUUCAUGGCGGACGUCCGACGCCGACUGAAACCGCCGUUGCCGGCGAACUACCUAGGGAAUUGCGUCUUAAGCGGACCCGAGUUGAUACAGGUGAGACCUCUGCUGGCGGAGGGAGGGAUUGGAUUCGCUGCGGAGAGGAUAAGCAAGAUGAUUGAUCACGUGGAGGGGAAGGAUCAGGUUGUUGGGGGAGACCGCCACGUGUCAACCUUCGCCAAGGAUAGGGAGGCCAGCCGAGGCGUGUUUAUCGGGAUCGCUGGGUCCCCUAGGUUCCACGUGUACGACGCCGAUUUCGGGUGGGGGAAGCCCAAGUGCGUGGAGGUGACGUCGAUAGAUCGGACGGGUGGCAUCUCGCUGGCGGAUUGUAGAAAUGGGAGCCGUGGGAUCGAGGUCGGACUGGCUUUGCCACCGGAUCAGAUGGACAUCUUCCGUUCAGCUUUUGCUGUCUAGUUGUCCUUAAGCUGCUCCCUCGUUGAGUUGCCCUUUCAAUUAUCUUUUUUCCAGAGAGAAUGCAGCCGAGGAGUUUCUUCAUAAUAAUUAUUAAUAAAAAUAGACGACAAGCAUGGAAUUAAACCGUAUCGGAGGUUAGGAGAAGCUGGAAAGAGCUGAAAAAAUCCUUAUCCGCUGCGGGAAGGAUUGGAGUGGCGCCAAAACCCUUAAAUUCAAAUGAAGCCUGGAGUUAGUUUCGUUGCUAAGUCUGUCUGUCUGUCAAUAAACAAUACUGCGUCAUAUGCAGUAUUCCUGUGUCAAUCCAGUAGUUCUGUUUGUUUACAUUUACCUCCUGUAUCUGGUGGGUUAGUUGGUUAACAGCAUUGAACUCAUGUAAUUUGUUAGUAGUCCAAGUUUGUGGGCUACCAUCUAUCUAUUUAAGUUCUUUAACGUUCAUUCAAUAAAAUGUUGGAGAAUGGAAAGUCGGAAAUCACUCGAAGGAAAUCAAGCCAGCUGCAAUAGUUUCCUAAACUGCAAAAAUUACCUUCCUUGAAGAAAUUCAAGUGCAACGG